UUUUUGAGCUCAGCUACCGAGCCUCCUUUUCCCCUCCUCCUGAAGUGCUUUCCUUGCCUUGCUUGCUUUGCCUCGCACUACGUGUCGUGCAAUUCAUGCUGCCUCAAUCGAUUCUACGCAACGCGACAUACAUUACUUAGCGUUUUAUGUGAAGCGUGUAGUCGUGUGAAUUGGUUUCCGGCAGUGUGGUGGAGCUUUUCCGCUGCGUUUUUGGUUUUCUAUUGCAGGAGAACGAGCUUUCAAGUCCAACUUCUCGUCGUUGAAGCGCUGUAGCAAAGUGGAUCGUCGUGUGGCAAUGGCAGCGAUUUCUGACGUUUUAAGCGUGCUUUUCGUGGUGGUUUGCGUCUUCUAAAUCGGUUUGGUGCGCGUUACGAGCUUCUGCGGUGUGGAUUGACGUGGUGAAAAAGCGUUUUCAGGGGAUAUUGACAUAUUACCCUGGUUUUGGGCGCUGGGGUUUGAUUGUGCGUGGACUAGGUUUUUAAGUGCUCACUUUCGAGGAGAUUAGCGUGUGUGGUCUUUGGAAUCAAGAAUUUUGCGUGAAGGUUCGGGGAAUUUGUGAAAAGGAGCGGACAUGUAUGAUCAGGGGUUUGAACGACAUGUAUGGCGAGGUGCACCGAGAAUGGGCCACGGUGGUUGGAGCGUGGAAUGCACUCCUGCGCACAAACCAAAUGUGCACAUUCCAGGGAAUAUUUUAAAUUUUUUAAAGAACAGCAAUAUUCAGGAGCUGCUGAGUGCACCUCCGGUGAUUUUCGGAUGUGAAGACCUGUUGCUGGAAAAAUAUGGUAGUGCCAUCGUAGGGAUUAUUAAUCGGUAUCCACCAAUUCAACAUAAUAGCCUUUUACAUAAUUCGCAUGCAGCGCAUGCGGGAGCGUCUACGCGACAUCUGCACUUAAGUGAUAGAAAACCAGAUAAUAUUGCAUCUCGUCAAGCUGCUGAGGAGUGUUUGUUCUCUAGGUCUGGUGACAACUUCGAGGCCAGCAUGGACGUUAGUGGCGACUUGGAUGAUUUUGAGGACGACACCCAAAAGGUAAAUUCGUUUCAUCAGAUGAAGAAAUUAUCCAUGGACAAAUCUCCCGUAGAAAUGGAAUUGCAGAAACGUCGUGAGGAUGUUCGGAACGGAUCCAACGUGAUAGUCAGGGCCGGGGCUAAUCCAGUGGAAAAACUGCGCUCUUUGAAUGAGCUGAGAGAUUUUCGUUCUGACCGCAGAUUCGAAAACAAAGGUUCACACACAUCAAGGGAUGCAAAAAGAUUUUGCUCGGAUGCAACAACUAAUAAUCACGGCGUAAGAUUCUCUCCUGGGUCAAAAGUACACGGAAACCACCAGGAUAUACUUAAAAUAAAUGUAUUCAAGAACAGUUGUGACAGACCUAAUUCCUCACGGCCAUUGAGGGCAGCGUGGGCGGACUUUAAAAACCCAGUGGUGCCGUUCAAACAGAGUCUGGCGGAAGCGUCCUUAAGAGAUGGAUCAUGUGGAAAACCUGUCUCUGAAAAAAGGAACACUUCUCACUUCCAUUCACACGGAAGAGUUGAAAAUGAUGAAUAUGGGCGCCACCGUCUCCUUGCUAAUGCCCUUUGGCGCACGAUGAAUUAUUAUUUUAAAGAGGCUGCUGCAGCUUAUGAUCGUGGAGAGCACUGUCGUGCUGCCACUUUGUCUGGGAAGGGAAAGGAAUACAAAUAUCUUGCUCAACAAGCUGAUGAACUUGCCAGUCAGCUCAUAUUCCAGUCCAAGAACAAAGAUAUUGUAAACAUUGUAAACAUUGAGAUCGAUCUGCACGCUUUGCAUGUUGGUGAAGCACUUCGAUUUUUGCAGCAUCGCCUUCAAACGUUCAUUUUCCUUCCUUCGGUGAAUAUGCUCACUGUGAUCACUGGAUAUGGCUCUCACAGUAGUAAUGGCUGUGCUAAAAUCAAACCGGCGGUUACUGAUUUUCUUGUCAGAAAUGGGAUACCUUGGGGAGAGCCAAAUGAAGGUUGUCUGACCAUCAAGUCGGUGGAUGUUUGCAACAAAGAAUUGAAUAUCACUGAUGGUAAUUAAUUUUAUUGCAAGAAAGUAGGUAAUAGUUGGGUUGUGUAUCUGUAUAGGCAAAGAUGGCUUCACAUAAUGCAGAAUAGACAGAUUAUGUUGGUCUGGAUGAUACUCGUAUGCUAGUUUUGAUUUAUAAUUCUAUCUAAUUACUCUUGCUCGUAGUUUUGAGGUGCUAGCAAUAGCUUCUCGUCAAAUAGUUUUGCUUUUUAAAGAGUUGGCGUUUGGCACAACUGAAAUUAUCGUAAAUGAAUCGUUUACAUUGCGUUGUCAAGUCAAUUCCAUUGUAUCAUUCUUUUAAAUCAUAUUUGUAAAUACUAUUACGAAUCAUUACUUUAAAAUGGUUCACAUCGUUCUCGAUGA